CAACGAUGUCGUUUCCGGCGGAGAACAAGAAUCCUAACCCUAACCCUAGUCCUCCGUUGAAGAAGAGAGGCCCCAGGUGGUCCGACAUGUGGCUGAAGCACAGGAAAUCGAAAGCGCUGAAUCCAGUGGUAGUGGCGAUGCAACUUCACUCCCUCUCCCCUCACAUUGACAAAGCCAAUCCCUUACUCUCCAAUUUCCCCUUCACCGAUCGAACCCUUCUCCUCUCCGACGAGCUUCUUCUCAAAAUCCUCUCCAAACUCUCCGAUUCCCACGCUCAGAGAAACUCCAACUCCCUCGUUUGCAAGCGCUGGCUCAAUCUCCAAGAUCGCCUCGUUCGCUCCCUCAAGAUCUUCGACUGGAACUUCCUCUUAUCCGGUAGGUUGAUUCACCGCUUCCCCAAUCUCAACCAUGUCGAUUUGCUCUCUGCCGCCCUCAUCUCUCCCCGAAAUUCCGGCAUUUUCCUCAGCAACCGCGUUCUCUGCGUCCACCUCGAUUCUGCCUCUUCCCCCAAUUGGUGCUUUUGCGAGGACAACAUGCUCCCCGUGGAGGUCAUCGACAAUGGCCUCAGUGCCCUCGCCAGUGGGUGCCCCAAUCUCCGGAGACUCCAAGUCAUUGGUGCCAGCGAGAUGGGUUUGCUGAGUGUAGCUGAAGAGUGCUUGACCUUGCAGGAACUCGAACUCCAUAAAUGCAGUGACAACGUGCUUCGUGGGAUCGCCGCAUGUGGGAACCUGCAAAUCUUGAAACUGGUGGGGAAUGUUGACGGCUUCUACAAUUCUGUGGUUUCUGAUAUUGGUUUGACCAUUUUGGCUCAGGGUUGCAAGAGGCUCGUCAAGCUUGAACUUCGUGGCUGCGAAGGCAGCUUUGAUGGGAUUAAAGCCAUAGGCAAGUGCUGCCUCAUGUUGGAAGAGUUAACCUUCUCUGAUCAUAGAAUGGAUGAUGGCUGGCUCGCCUCUCUUUCCUAUUGCGAGAAUUUGAAGACCCUGAGGUUUCAGUCUUGCAAGAGAAUUGAUCUCAACCCUGGACUCGAGGAGUAUUUGGGUUCUUGCCCUGCACUUGAACGCUUGCACUUGCACAAAUGCCAAUUGCGCGAUAAGAAGAGCGUUGCAGCCUUGUUUUCGGUCUGCAGGGCUGCCAGGGAGAUCAUUCUUCAGGACUGCUGGGGAUUCGAUAAUUCCCUCUUCGCUUUCGCCAUCGUUUGCAGGCGGGUAAAAUUGUUAUACUUAGAAGGGUGUUCAUUGCUAACAACACAAGGAUUGGAAUCUGUAAUUGAUUCGUGGAAGGAGCUUCAGAGCCUUAGAGUAAUGUCGUGUAAGAAUAUAAAGGACAGUGAGAUUUCUCCUACGCUGGCAACCUUAUUUACCAUUCUGAAGGAGUUGAAAUGGAGGCCAGAUACCAAAUCACUCCUUCCAUCAAGUCUUGUGGGGAUAAGCAUGGGAAAGAAAGAUGUUGACGGUGGAAGUUUGUUCUUUGUUAUCUUCCGUCGUACUAGAAGAUGAAGAAGAACUUGGCUAGAGAUGUAAUUAUGUAAAAGUCUAAUCCAGUUCACUCGAAGCUGAAAUUGGGUGGGGUAGCUUGUUCCACUGCAUUUUUUUCCUUUUGACAAGGUGCGGUUGAAGUAACCAUGUUACCGUUAUCUGUGGGCCUUUGUCACUUCAAGAUGCUUUAAACUUUGCUUCUUAUGGUUUGUUCACAUGUCAUGG